AUGUCGGAGAACGUACCCUGGUCAGAUACUGGACUGUGGAUAAACGCUCGUGUUCUUGCGCUUGCUGGUAUGUGGAAACCGCCAUGGAUCCAACCAAAGUGGUAUCUGCUGUACAGAGCAUGGGUGCUCUUUACGCUAUUCAGCUUCCUCGUCGCUGAGAUUCAGGCCCUCUGGCACUUCUGGGGAAACAUUGACAAAAUCACCCAUGACACAUGUCUUAUGAUCAGCACAGUUCUAAGUCUAAUAAAAUUCUUUAGCUUGGUUUUGAGACAGGAAGAAUUUUUUCGCAUGGUGCAGAGAAUAGACGAUAUCAGCGCGGAACAAAAGAAGACUGGCGAUUCAGAAACAAUCUCUAUCCUCGACGCAUCGUACAGAUCUGCGAGAGCUGUCACGCUGUACAUGACUUUUCUGGGAGGGUCUAUGCCUGGCGUCUGGGCUACAAUUCCUAGUAUCAUGCGGAAGCUCGGCGUAUUUCCACCGGAGAGGGAACUUCCUGCCACGGCCUGGUACACCAGCAGGGACACCCAGACACCGUACUACGAAAUACUCAGCACACUGCAGUACUUCAGUAUGCAGUACAGUUUCUUCACUGCGGUGGGUCCAGACUUGCUUUUUGUAUCCAUGAUAAUUCACGCAGCUGGUCAGCUGGAGGUUCUCAAUGCUAGACUGAGACGUGUUGGCAAAAUGAAUGGAAACCGCAGCACUACCAGUAGUAAACAGCAGAAGACAGAGGAGGAACUUUCGGUCGAAGUUUCCAGUGGGGAGGUGAUGUGGAAAGAUCUCUGCAGCUGCAUCGAGCACCAUAAGGACGUCAUAGAGUGA